CUCUCACUAAAAGCUACUAACAAACCAGAUCAAAACCACUAAACCGGAAAAAAAAAUAUGGCUGGAGGAGGAGGUCUCGGAAAAUGCAGUAAGAUCCGCCACAUUGUGAGGCUGAGACAGAUGCUCCGACGGUGGCGCGACCAAGCGAGGAUGUCUUCUUCAUUCAGCCGCUGUGUACCGUCAGAUGUACCGUCAGGACACGUGGCGGUCUACGUUGGUAGCAGCUGCAGGAGAUUUGUGGUGCGCGCGACGUACCUGAACCAUCCAAUCCUAAGGAACCUUCUGGUUCAAGCUGAGGAAGAGUUCGGUUUCGUUAACCAAGGUCCAUUGGUUAUCCCUUGUGAAGAAUCGGUUUUCGAGGAAUCGAUUCGCUUCAUAUCUCGGUCUGAUUCGACCCGGUCGAGACGGUUUACUUGUCCCGAUGAUUUUCAGAAGAAUUGCCACGUGGUGGGGAUAAGAAGCAAGAUAGAUCUAUGGAUCGAAUCUCGACCGUUACUUCACGGCGUUUCCGACAACAAAGCCGUCUGGUGAUUGUUAACGGAUCACUUGACGACGGGCGUCGUACAGAGUAAAUAGACAAUAAAAACGAGAGCCGGUUCUGAAGCCGGUUCGACUCGGGACGAAGCCAAUUUUUGAAUAAUCGUCGCCAUUGACUCGGUUUUUUUUUUUUUUGUGUUAUUUAUUUUAUUGGUGGAGGCGGCGGCGAGUGUAUAUGUAUGAAUUAUUGGUGGCUCGGAGAUGGCCGUGAAAGGUGGGUGAGUCAUUCUACCGGAGUCGUCCCGGGUUCGAAUCCAAGUUUAAGGAUAUAUGUGGAGAAUUGUAAUUUUUUAAAAUUGGUUGUAAAUUCUGCAAUUUCCAUUAAAUUGUAGUAAUCAUUAUUG